GAGCACUACGACCUCAAGCUUACCAAAGGCAAUUUUAUUUGCAGAGAGAAUUGACUAAGAAAGGUGUUGUGAUUGGGUAACUGGAACAAUGGGUUGUAGCAGUUUCUCAAUGAUUUUAACCGUUCUGGUUCUAACAUUUUCGUCCAUGAUGAUUGACUCAAGGGUUGCAGAGGCACGCGUGGUGCCAAAAUCAGACCUUCCAUCGGUUUCCAAAGUUGGGUUACCAGUGACUUUGCCUAUCGUCUUGCCAGUGCCACUCCCAGAAAUCCCUGUCCCUGUCCCUGUUCCUGAUCUGGGCGUGCCAGUUCCUAAAGUGCCGGUGCCAGUUCCUAUCCCCGUGCAUCUUCCUACCUUGACAAUUCCCAAACUAAAGGUAAACGUUGGAGGCGUGAAAAUCCCAUGAGCACUUACCUGAAAUCUAUCAGUCACUACUGCUACUGCUUUUUCUCUGGUCAAUUCCACUGUUACUUAUUCACUGUAUUGUUUAUAUUUUGUUCUUUUUGUUCCGUUCGGGUUUAAAUUCUACUUUAUUUGUCAUUCAAUAAUGUAAUCUUCAGUUUAUAUGUUGUUUCAGUCAGUUUAUUAUA